CGUCGCAGCUGCCGUCGUUCCUUUCGAUCCGUAACUGGUGCAGGUAACACACAAUAGCUCUUGGACAACGCACGAGCAGGUAAGCGCCAGUCCCUCCGUCUGUUUUGACGCGCAGCUCCUUCGGACCCAUUGCGUUGAACCCCAUCGUCGCCGGAGCAUUAGAUACACAGUACCGUACUGACGUGACGGUGGAACAGCAACGCGAUCACGUAUUCAUAAUGGUGGAGCUACGCAAACGCAAAACGCCCCCUCCAGCGCCCGUGCGCCAAGCCAAGAAGGUGUCCGCGCCCAAGGGCAAGAAAGCUCCGAGCAAGAAGACAGUUGUUGAGCAGGCAACUGAGGCUGUCGCCGAAGCUGCAGCAGCUGUCACCGAAACUGUUACCGAAGCCGUCGACACCGCCAAGGAAGCUGUUGCUGACGCAACUAACGGCGCGAGCAAGCCGGCUGCUGCUACCUCCACAACUGGACCGCCCAAGGCCGGCGAUACGAUUGAUCUCACCAAUUUUGGUGGAGAGGUCGAGACGCACGAUGGAAAGAAGACCACACUUGCAAAGCUCGUUGAGGAAAGCAAGGGCGGUGUCGUUCUGUUCACUUAUCCCAAAGCCUCUACACCUGGAUGCACCACACAAGUCUGCCUCUUCCGCGACUCUUACACGCCUCUCACCGCGACCGGCUUCAGCAUCUAUGGUCUUUCCAACGACAGCCCUAAGGCAAACACGACCUUCAAGACCAAGCAGAGCCUCCCGUAUAGCCUGCUUUGCGACCCGUCGCAAACCCUUAUCUCAGCGAUUGGCUUGAAGAAGGCUCCCAAAGGUACCACUCGAGGUGUCUUUGUCAUCAACAAGGACGGCAAGGUGUUGGCUUCUGAGCCUGGCAGCCCUGCUGGGACCCACAAAGUCGUUCAAAAUCUCGUUGCAAAUGGCGGUCAGGCUAAUGGCGAAGACGCGAAAGCGGCCGAAACUGCGGCCGAGGUUGCCGACACGGCGGCUAAGGUUGAUGGCGAUAAGGCUUAG